ACUCUGUGCUGAAUACCUAGUGUUUAUUUGCCUGUAUCGGCUCGGUGUUAGUUCUGUACUUUCAUAUUUAUUGGCUUUUCUUCCCUUUCGAGUUUAUUGUUUUUAAAGUAAAAUAAACAAAAUAUUACAUAAUGCCGUUCCUGAGACUGACAUCGGGUAGCUUUGGCCAGCUCCGUAAUUUCGCGACGUCAUCAUCUCUAGGAAAGAGGGUCAAGACUUUCGCUGUGUACCGAUGGAAUCCGGACGAGCCCGACAAGAAACCCUAUACACAAAAUUAUCAGGUGGACCUUGAUGAUUGCGCACCUAUGGUUCUAGACGCUCUACUGAAAAUCAAGAAUGAGAUAGAUCCAACUCUCACUUUCAGGAGGUCGUGUCGCGAAGGUGUAUGCGGAUCAUGUGCCAUGAACAUUGAUGGUAUCAAUACUUUAGCUUGUAUUAGUCAUAUUGACCAAAACCUAUCUAAACCAUCUAAGAUAUACCCAUUGCCCCAUAUGUAUGUUGUUAAGGAUCUUGUGCCCGAUUUGACCAACUUUUACAAUCAAUAUAGAUCUAUAGAGCCAUGGCUGCAACGUGACAAGGAGGCUGUCAAAGGAAAGGAGACUCAAUUACUUCAAGAUGUAGAGGAUAGAGCGAAACUUGAUGGCUUGUAUGAAUGUGUUUUAUGUGCAUGCUGCUCAACAAGUUGCCCAUCAUACUGGUGGAAUGGAGACAAAUACCUUGGUCCCGCAGUUCUUAUGCAAGCGUAUAGAUGGAUAAUUGAUUCUAGAGAUGAUGCUACAGCUAAACGCUUGUCUAAGUUAAAGGAUACUUAUUCUGUGUAUCGUUGCCAUACAAUUAUGAACUGCACAAGAACUUGUCCAAAGGGGUUGAAUCCAGGACGGGCAAUUGCUCAGAUUAAGACAUUAUUAUCUGGAAUUGUAAAGAAACAGACACCCAUAAUGGAUCCUUCAGGGCUUGAGAAACAAACCGCACAUAAUUGAUAGAACAACAGCUACAUGUCUUCAUAAUUAAUACCCAUUACAUUAUGCAUAUGAAAAAACCUGGUAUAAUAUGUACUUAAAAAUCAAACUCAAGUGUGGGCUUUUAUUACUUAUUGGGUAUUGAUUUUUAAAUAUAUGAUUUGAUUAUCUCAUUAGUAAAUUAGCUAACAUUUGCAUUUUAGGGCAAGUUAAAAAAUUCAAUUUUAUAAAUAUGUCUAUAUAGAUGUAUAUGGGGUUAGAUCCAAAACAUUAGAUGAAUUUGUCAAAUGACAUGGUUUAUCAUGUAAUGCCGAAUAUACAAUAUAAUUUCCGAAUAAAAAUAAUGACAAAAUACUAUUUAAUGUGGCUUUUAAAACACUACAUAUUAGGGGUUAAUAUUUAUUAUAAGUUCCAAGUGUAGCUUCAAUAAUUUACUGAAAAACUGAAGUGUAUACAGAAGAUAACCAGCCAAUCAUUGAUUUUACAUCAAGUAUUAUCUCAUUAGGACAUUGAAUUUAAUGUGUCAUUUGUUAUUUAUUACUUUCUUUUGUUAAGAAUCGUGUAAGAUUUGAUUUGUGAUUAAAGAUUAUUUAUUUACCA